AUGGACGUGUACGCUAAUAAAAGGAUUCCUAAGCCGAUACCAACUGCUACUCUAACUCCAACCAGUUCACAUGAUCAACAACAAGUAGCAGUGGAGCUGCACCCAUCUCGUGUGACCCCGCCUACAAGCUCCGCCCCUUUAUCAGCUACACUACCAACUCCUCAUGCUCAUUACUCUCGUCCUUCCCCUACAGUCACUGCUGAGACCACACCUCUUAGAGAAGUAUCACCAAGUUUGACGGUUGCUAAUCAUCAAAGAUUAUUAAAUUUAAUAAAAGACGAUUGGAACUGCCUAGAUCUGAUGAUGACUACUCUAGAGGGUAUGGUGUCAAAGACCCAGCGAUCAUUAAUGACACUAAAGGAGAGAAUACACUUGGUAUCAACACUGACCUCAGCUCAUAAUAUGUACAAACAAUUUGAAGUAACUAAUAUACACACACACCCACACACUCAUAAUGUAAUGUCAUGCAUAAUUAAAGUCUGCAUGUAG